AUGAAGAACGGAAAGGCUCGAGGCCGCCCCAGCGCUUCGGAUCGCGGAGGCAUCCGCAAGCGGGGUGCUGCUAAGAAGGUCGAUCGGGAAGGUGACUUGGUAAUGGAUGGAAACACACCUCAAACCCGUGCGAAAAGGGGUCGUGGUGAUUCUGGCCGCGCUGGCGCCUCGUCUGGAACACGGUCUCAGACGUCUAGCCGGGCUCUAGACGCCAUUCAAAAGGCUAUUACUAGCAACUCGGAUUCGCAUCAAGCAAAUAUUCGUCAAGGCAGCCGGACCAGUAACCUGGAACAUGUUAGCGUCCGUGGCUGGAAGCAGAGUAAGGCCGCGUCGAAUCCCGACGGCGGCCUAGAAAGCCUAAUCGGCUUCCUCGAGAAAAAAAUCAGCACCCCCGACGCAAGAAAUAGCGCACGCGCAAGGAUCACAAAGUCGCGGGUCGAAGGCGACGCGCUUAUAGUGUCUAUCAAGCCAGAAUUGUUGGACAGGAUGCUUAAGAUCAACGGCUUUAGCUUUGCAGGCGCUCCUUUGACGAUUGAAAAAUGUGAUGACGCCGAGAGCGCGCUGUUGGAUCAGUCGGUGCUGUCUGCUAAUGGUAGCACGCCCUCGGCCGCCGACACGAAGGCUAAAAUGACUGCCUUCCUCGCCAAGCGUUUUGACCGAGAAAACAAGUUGCUCAACCUUUCGGACCUACACAACGAUCCGGACCUCAUAGCCAUGGGUAUUUUCCAGAGCACAUCAACUGAAUCGAAAUUCUUCCCCGCGCUAAUGAAGGUCUGGGAGCUGAACCUCAGCUUGAUUUUCGACAGCGCUGCCGCACGUCGCCAGGCGGUCGAGAGCGUCAGUCUCAGGGACAAUAAGCUUGCGAACCUCAAGAUGGUCACUACUUUGGCGCAAACUUUCCCAGACUUGAAGAACCUCGACCUUUCGAACAACGACUUCAAGGACGCACAGUCCUUGUUGGGAUGGCGCCACAAAUUCGAAAACCUCGAGUUCCUCGACCUCUCCAACAAUCCUUUCAGCGCCGAUCCCACUUUCAAGGAUACCAUGCUGAAGUGGUAUCUUAAACUCCGAGUUUUGAACGGUAUUGAAGUGCGGACAGCUGAAGAAUUGGCGGCGCUGAAGAAGUCGCCAAUCCCUGUCCAGGCACCGUACUUCCGGGAUGAGGGCUGCAUUGCCGAAAACUUCAUCAGAGCUUUCUUUUCGGGCUACGACAAUGACCGGAACGGUCUCCUCGAUAGCGUAUACGACAAUGAAUCCACCUUCACUCUCAACAUCAACACCGCCGCUCCCAGGGCCCAUCAAGCUGAUGUCGCCGCCUGGGAUGCGUACAUCAAGAACAGCAGGAACUUGCUCAGAAUCACGCAUUUGACCGCCAGAAUGUCUCGCACGCAUAACGGUGCGGAGAAAAUUCGCAAGUUAUGGAACAGUCUUCCGGUUACAAGACAUCCAGAUAUCGCAGCGCAUCCUCAAGAUUGGCUAAUUGAGUGCUAUCCGAUUCCGGGUCUAGUCGAUCCGACCGGUCAGAGUCCUACCGGCGUUGGCGGUCUUCUGAUCACGGUGCACGGAAAGUAUGACGAAGUCGGCAAGGGGUCUAAGAUCGACACGCGGAGCUUCGACAGAACUUUCGUCUUGGGUCCUGGCGGUGGUGCAGGUGGAGUACGAGUCAUCAACGAUAUUCUGUGUUGUCGCGCGUAUGGCGGCAAUGAAGCAUGGGCUCCAGAAGCUGAGGGAGCCGUUCAGCAAGCGGCUCAGCAAGCAGCUCCUCCGCAGCCUACUGAUCAGGCAGCUGUUCCUCAACAGGUGGCGGCACCACCAGCCACUCCCGAAGGAUAUGGCAUGCCUGGGCCUGGCAAAAAUGAGACUCAAGUGCAACAAGAGCAAUUGAUACUGCAGGUCAUGAAGCAGACAGGGAUGACGCUGCAAUAUUCUCAAUUGGCUAUCAGCGGAAAUGGCUGGGAUUUGGAUAAGGCCUUACAGGAUGUCGCCAAGCUUAAGCUGACCAUCAGUGUUGCACUAGCUGAUUACGAUCCUAUCGACCAUCUCAACGCGAUUUUCUCCCAUCCCUCCACGCUGUCCUCCGUGUCACAAGUGUCCCAGUCCCUCGGCGCAUAUGAAGAUGAGCUCGACGACGACAUCAGUGGCCUGGUCGAGGACCAGGUUACGUCCAAUGCGGAAAGCGUCGAGCGCAUUCAGGCCGCCAAAGCAGAUUUGACCGAUCUCUUCAAGAAGAUCGACGACGUGCGCGACCGCGCUUCCAAGACCGAGCUCGCUAUCACGGAGAUGACGGCGGAUAUCAAGCAAUUAGACAACGCGAAAAAGAAUCUCACCCUGUCCAUGACAGCGCUGAAGCGGUUGCAGAUGCUGACUACGGCCUACGACCAGCUACGCGCCCUUAGUCGGACCAGACAAUACAGGGACUGUGCUCAGCUGCUGCAGGCGGUAAUCCAGCUCAUGGCGCAUUUCAAGUCGUACCGGUCGAUCGAUCAAAUUGCGCUUCUCAGUAAGAACGUCGCAGAUAUACAACGCGAACUGUUGGAACAGGUCUGCGAGGAUUUCGAGCUGGCAUUCGCGAAGGGAGAAGUAGGGUUGCAGAGGUCAACACUGUCGGAAGGAUGUCUGGUCAUGGAUGCGCUGGGCGACCAUGCCAGAUCCCGGCUAGUGACCUGGUAUUGUAACUUCCAACUCCGCGAGUAUCGCCAAGUGUUCAGAAAUAAUGAGGAGGCUGGGUCCUUGGAUAACAUUUCUCGCCGGUAUGCCUGGUUUAGGCGCAUCCUCAAGAUCUACGAUGAGGAAUACGCGCCCAUCUUUCCCGCAGCUUGGAAGGUCAACGAGAUCCUGGCCAACAUCUUCUGUGAAGGAACGAGGGACGACUUCAAGGGCAUCCUCUCCCGCUCGGUGCGCAAUGGUCAAACGAUCGACGUCAAUCUGUUGCUGUCGUGCUUGCAAGAGACCUUGGAAUUUGAACAUUCUCUUGAGCGGCGGUUUGUGACCCCCGCCCGUCCCUCCACUGACACAUUUGCAUCGAGCGAGGCGCCUGUAUUUGGUCAGGCCAUAUCGGAGGCUUUCGAGCCUUAUCUCAGCGUGUGGGUCGAGGCUCAGGACAAGCAGCUGGCUGCGCUUAUACCCAAGUACCGGCAACAACCCGUGAAGCCGCCGGAUGAAGAGUUCGACUCUCAUAUAGUUAUAUCCUCCUCGACGGACCUGUUCAACUUCUACCGACAUGCUUUACAGCAAUGUGCAAAGUUAUCCACCGGCGGAAGCCUUGCAGACCUGGCAAAGGUCUUUGCAAAGUAUCUGGACCAGUACGCGCAACAGGUACUUCUCUAUUAUAUCAGUGAACGUCCCACCGGACACACACCGUCCAAAGUCGCCAAUCUCGAGGAUCUGAUCCUGGUUCUCAACACCGCAGAUUACUGCUACACGACCUGCAACCAGUUGGAAGAGAAGAUCAAGGGGAGGCUGGAUAAGGCACUCAAGCAGUCAGUGGACCUGCAGAGCCAGGCCGACACCUUCAUGGGGAUCGCGUCCGCGACCGUUCGAGGUCUCGUGCGAAGGGUUGAGAUCGAAUUGGAGCCCUGUUGGCGUGAAAUGCGCAAUAUUCCCUGGAGCCGAUUGGAAAGUGUCAGCGACCAGAGCUCCUACGUGGGCGAACUCCUGUCUAAGACUCAGACGAAAUGUUCAGAGACCCUACAGCUGCUACACAAGCAGCAGUAUGCCCGGGCUUUCGCAGACCACACUGUAGAGCUAAUCUCAAACCUCUUCAUCACUAAUAUCUUUCAAUCCAAACCUAUUGCAGAGACUGGAGCGGAGCAAAUGCUCCUCGAUGCCUAUGCCCUUAAGACUGGCCUUUCAUCACUCCUUCCCAGCCCCGCUCCCGCGGGCUUCGUCAAGCGCGUCAACAACAGUUUCGCUAAGAUCGAAGCCCUCCUCAAAACCGUCCAAGUGCAACCCUCGCCCCCCGAAGCCCUCGUGCAAGCCUACCUCGUCCACAUCGCCGACCAGAAUAACACCAACUUCCGCAAGAUUCUCGACAUGAAGGGCAUCCGCAGCCGCCAGGAGCAGAAUCACCUCCUGGAACUCUUCCAGAUCCACCGGGCAUCCGAUCGCUACGCAUCCAACCUCCAACAGAGUAACCCUAUGCUGACCGCCUUGCAAUCCACCACCACGCCGACCUCCACCUCCGUCUCUCAGGGCCUCGGCCUCGGAUCGGCCGCCGCGUCCAUCGGCGCCACGAACCUUCCCUCUCGCUUCGACGCAUCCAUGCUCGGCUCCGCCCUCAUCUCCGCCGCCAAGGACGGCGUCGACCGCUUCGGAACCCCCAUGAGCAGCUCGUCAGGUAGCAUGCUCCCCGGAGGUGGGGGCGCGGCCUCCGGUGCUGCCGGCGGAGCCACCCUCACCUCAGCCUCCUCUACGCCCAAUCUCGUGGGCUCGGCGGCCCCGAAUAACCCCGGCGCAGAGAGUAGCGCUGCUGCUAAUCUGAACGAGAACCUGAAGAAUAUCGGCAAGUUCUUCCGCCGUGAUCUGGGCGGGUUCGGGGGUAGGUUUGGCCGGAGUGGGGACGAUGGGUGA